AGAGAGAAAGAGAAAGAAAGAUGGGUUCUGAAGAGAGUUGGGAUCGAGUGAAGAACGAGACCGGAUGUCAAACUCCUGAAAGUCACCGUCCCUGCGCGAACGGGUGUGGCUUCUUUGGUACACCAGCGACUCUGAACAUGUGUUCCAAGUGCUACAGGGAUUUCUGUAUCAAAGAGCAGCAAGACGCAUCGGCCAAAGCUGCCGUUGGGAGAUCUCUCAGCCCCACAAAAUCGAUAACAACAUCGCAAUUGCAGCAGCAACUGCAACAAUUAUCAAUUCCUUCGUUAUCUGACGAUUCUUCUUCUUUGGUUCCACCAUCAUCAUCGUCAGCGUCGUCAUCAUCUGAAUGUGAUUCUUCUGCUGUUGAUUCCACUUCCACGACCACCGGUGGUGUUGGUGUUGAAACAGGCGUGGUGAAGAAGAGGUGCAUGAGCUGUAAAAAGCGGGUCGGUGUGUUGGGGUUCAAGUGCAGGUGUGGUAGUAUUUUCUGCUCGGAGCAUCGGUACCCAGAGGUGCAUGCGUGCACGUUCGAUUUCAAGGCUAUGGGUCGGGACGCCAUGGCCAACGUUAAUCCUGUCGUCAAGGCUGACAAGUUGCAGAGGUUCUGAAAACCUUCUCUCGUAAUUAUUAAUCCGUUCGUUAGGUGUUAUCCUUUUUAGUUUCCUCUUUUUUUC